AUGGGAUCAGCACAAUUACCAGCCAAUGAUGACUUCAUUCGACGAGCGCUACUGUCCGUUGCUGUCCUUGAUGACUAUCUUUAUAUCGACGGCGGAGAGACAAACGAUACAGUCGCCUUCACAGAGAGUGAGAAAGGACUAUCGCCAUAUCUGAAACAACCAGCUCUUUGGGUUGAUGAGGAACGUUCAAUGAUCUACUCAUGGGGCGGUCAAGGAUCUUACAAGAAUACCUCAGCGGCCGGAGACCACCAUUUAUAUGCCUUUGAGGCUGACGAUGGCAAGGGAAGGUGGUCAAUUCAUGAUCCUGAUGACGACACAUUGUUUAGCUCUUUGUAUCGAUCUGUGAGAGGAGCUUACACCACUUUUCACGGCGUCGGAUACUAUCUUGGUGGCUAUGGCGAGCGUAGGACUGAUGAGAGGUUCACUGACGGCAGUUAUGUCGAACGACCACUUGACGGGCUGCUGACUUACAACAUGACGACCCAAAAGUGGACAAACGAGUCCACAAAGGCACUGGACUACGCCACUUGGACAGGGAGGGCUACCUGUAUACCUUCCAUCGGUUCAUCUGGAUUAUUGAUCUUUAUGGGUGGCGCAAAGGUUAAGACGCCAUCUUUCAGAAACGAGUCAGAACCAGUGUCCUUCACCAAUAUUACAAUAUUCGACCCCAGCUCUAAAGAGUGGUACUACCAGCAAACAUCAGGUGUUUCUCCAGAUCCUAGAGUUGACUUUUGUUCUGUCGGUGUCCAGGGGCGAAACAAUACAUACGAUAUAUACAUCUACGGAGGCUGGAACACGUGGAACGACAAGACAACGGCCUUUGGCGAUGUUUGGGUCUUGUCGCUUCCUGCCUUCAAAUGGUUCAAGGCAGAAGUCGAUGGUCCAAAGCGGGGAAUGCAUGGAUGUGCUCUUGUUGGAAAGCGUCAGAUGCUAAGCAUAGGUGGGAAUAACUGGGGUAAAGACGAAGGUUGGAAAGACAAGGAUCCUUGGACCCAGGGAAUUGGCAUUCUCGACUUGCCGAGCUUGACUUGGUCUAGUGAGUAUGAUGCGGAAGCUGAGGAUUACGAAUCGCCAAAGGUUGUGAAAGAUUGGUACCAGAGCGAUGAUGAGGUUGAGUGGGAUAACAGAGAAGUAGCAAAGCUCUUUGCUUCAAUGUCAACGACAACACCAAAGUCAACCGACGGCCCCAAAUUUGAUUCGUCUUCUAAAGACUCAUCACCAACACCGGUUGGGGCUAUCGCGGGCGGUGUAGUCGGUGGAGUUGCUGCCAUAGUGGCUCUUGUCGGUAUUUGGUUAUGCAUACGUCGUCGGAAGAGAAAUGGCAGUAACGAAGUUCUACAAAACGGCGACGGAGAUGCCACGAAGCAAUGCGGCAAGUCGGAACUUCCGGCUGAUAGUUCAAAGCAGAAUGGUUUGCAAGAGUUGGAAAGUAACCAGGCUCCUACCGAGCUACCAGCAUCUUCGUCCCGUGUUUUGGAGAAUAAACGGUCAGAGAGGCAUGAGUUGGAAGCUUAG